UUUCACUACUAUGCUAACAAGCUACUUCCUCUGCCGCAGAUUGCUCAACCUCGGCCUAAAUAAGGUGAUGUCCAGAAAAGGGUUCAAAGAGUGAAAAUCUUACAAAAUUCAACAAAGAAUUUGGUACAUGUCACAAAAUGAAAGACGAUAGCUCCGCCACAUAUCAAUCCAGCAGACAGGUACGUACUUGUACCAUCUGUCGCCGUUGGCACACUGCAAGACUAGAAAUUCAAACCGAGGGGAUUUGCUGCUGCGGUAGGGUUUCCACUGACUUUGGGUCGAUUCGCGGGUUUGGAAGCAGUGACACCAUUGGACUUGACAGGCGUCGAUUUUUUGACCGAAGUUGUCUGCUUGAGGCCACCGUUCUUGUUGCUUGUCGCAUCGACAGGCUUCUUCCUCAUGGCGCCCGGAUUGGGUGUCGACGCUGUCUUGGUCGCGGUCGGUGCUUUGGGCGUCACAGCAGAAACAUGUUUCUGAACCGGAGCAGCAACAGUUGAGCUUGCUUUCUUGGUAACAGCAUCGGCUUUGGGUCCAGGUGCCGGCAAUGCCAUUUUCGGGGUGCCAGCUUCGAUCUUCUUCUGAGGUGUGGCAUUCUUCAUCAACGUCUUGGACGGACUGGUCUUUGGUGGCGCCCGAUAGACCUGAGGACUGGUCACCUGUCUCUUGCCACCAGUGACACCUGCACUCAGUCCAAGCGGAUUGCUCGCCGUCUGCGCUCGGAUUCCAUCCGCCCUGCUCCAGUCCAUGAUGGCAUUACCAUAAUCCUUCACUCCGUCCCCAUACCGGCGAAUAGAGUUGUUGAUCCCCUCACCUACACUGUUGAUGCUAUUUCCUACUGCACUGACCGCUCCACCAGCAAAUGAGCCUGCAGUUGCAACCGUACUCGACACGGUCGGGGCAAGUGCCUCGGAGACCUUCCCUAGAACCCACUGUGUUGCCAUUGUUGAGGUUAAUAAGGCUUAAAAAGGUGCGGCCGGCGUGGUCGACGUGUUGGUGGACUUUCUGGGUCCGAGCUUAGGCGGCUUUCUUCUCGGCUGGUCACCGGCCUGAGAACUGGCAGAGGAGAUGUCGGCCUUGUCAGCCUUGUCAGAUUUCUCUUGUUCCUGUGCAGGGGGUGCUGUCAAUUGCUUCUGCGGUUGCCGACUGUGCACCAACUUGUCACGCGGCGGCGGCCGAGGAGUUCGGUUGAGGUCCUCGGGCUGUGGCUUGGGAGGGAGUUUGGGGGCUGUCCGGAUUUUCCACUCGGGUUUGGCUUUGGGGGCGUGUUGGCCUCGAGUGGCAGUGAUGUUGAUAAAGUCCUUGUCGAAAAAGAUGUCGAAGGAUACGUUAGGCAUUGGGAGGCCACCCAGUCGAAGAGUGACUGAGUGUAGACGACGUAGAGAAAUGAUAUACUAGAAGUAUCUGGUAGGAAUGUAUCGAGAAGGAUAUAAGACCAAGAGACGCAGGAUGUACAGUUAAAGGACUGGGUGUUGUUAUACGAAGACUGGCACGGGGACUCAGGCUGGCAGUUGGACGAGGGAACGUCAUCAAGGGUGCUCUUUGUGCAUUUUGUCCCACGUCGCUCGGCCAGUUGCGCACCGCCACAAAACGUCGAGAUCCUGUUUUUCCCUGCUUCCUGCACCCUUCAACCUUGUCAGCCAAUGUCAACCAGACACAAUGGGCUCCAUGAACAAGGAUGAGGCUCGACAACCGGCCUCUCACCUCUCGUCAAUCGCUGCCGAGCCCGUGACAACCAACGAUCGGACCAGGAGGGCCACCACUGCCCUAGUCUGAUAUUCGCUUGUCCCCUCUCCUGUGCUACGGUGUGAACUCAAUCGAAUCACCUCUACGCCACAAUGCAGGUAGGAUGGAGAUUGUCUGUCUGUCGCUGGUCGAGAAGCAGACUUCUGCCCCAGACAUCCCUGUUGCCGUGUUGCGGGUCGACGUCAGAGGUGGCGUCUACACAUCCCAGCCUCAGGCUCUUGUUGACCAAUUCACUUCGAACAAUUAACCUCGAUGAUGGACAGCAGUAUAGGAGUGUCUCAAGCAUCAGUCAAUCCCCAGUAAAGAUGAAAAAGUAGCAUCAAUAGAAUCAAGCCACAUUACUCGACAACAUCAUGUCCGUUGCCAAACCGGGCCUCGAGCCGGCCGCAGGCUUCUCCCUUGAAUCACCAGCAAACCGGCCCGAUCGCGUGCCUCUGAAGAAGGGCGAAUAUUCAAUUGCCUCGCGCGCAUUGGCAUUGUCGACGUACUUCCUCUCAGGAGCGUUGGCCAUCAACCUCUCGCAGUUUCUCGGGGCACCUCUAUAUCUGGUCAAUCAGGAUUGGUACAAUGCAUGGAUUGCCUUCACCAAGCAGUCCUUCGGGCUGCUGACCAUGACUCUGACGCAAACGUUUGCUCCCACCAAGGUCAUUAUAUCCGGCGAUGCAUCAGUUCGGGGCCAACUGUUGCAGUCUACAGAGGGCGACCUGAUCCUCAACUUUCCCGAGCGGCUUGUCUUGAUUGCCAACCAUCAGAUCUACACCGACUGGCUGUACUUAUGGUGGAUAGCCUACUGCAAUGGCAUGCACGGUCGAUUAUACAUCAUACUCAAAGAAUCGCUCAAGAAGAUCCCGGUGCUGGGAUGGGGAAUGCAAUUCAACCAAUUCAUUUUUCUCAAGCGCAAAUGGGAACAGGACAAACCCAACAUGGCCAGCGCUCUACAACGGCUCAACAGGCCCACCGAUCCGAUGUGGCUGCUGUUGUUCCCUGAAGGCACCAACCUGGCCGCCAGUACACGCGCAAAAAGUGCAGCCUGGGCAGCCAAAAACAACAUCCCCGACAUGAAACAUGUAUUGUUGCCUCGAAGCACCGGCCUGCAUUUCUGUCUUGAAGAACUCAAGGGAACAGUGGACUACGUGUAUGACUGCACCAUAGCCUACGAAGGCGUCCCACGAGGCGCGUAUGCUCAGGACAUCUUUACCCUCAAGGCGGGGUACCUCGAAGGACGACCUCCGAAAUCCGUAAGCAUGCACUGGCGUCGGUUCGCCAUCAAAGAUAUUCCUCUGCAUAACGAGAAAGCGUUUGAACUGUGGCUUAUUGCUCGUUGGCGGGAGAAAGACCUGCUCAUGGAACAGUACCUUCAAACAGGCAGCUUCCCUGCCGACAAAGGAGCCACAAAGUACAAGUCUGGUAAGGUCUUGCGUGGAUGCGGACACAUGGAAGUUCCUAUUCGAGCAAGUCAUUGGUACGAGUUCCUGCAGAUUUUUGCUCCAAUGGGAAUUCUGGCCAUGGUGCUCUACAUCUUUUACGGUGAUUUACCCCAGCGGUUCUGGAAAAGCAUCAACAAACAGGCUCUUCAGUCCGGGACUGAGGACAUUAAACAAGCAGGUAUCAAAGCCGGCAAGAGCGCCAAAUCUGUCUCCAACUCUCUCUCAGGGUUGACCCUCGACUCCUUUUUCGAGCCGACAAAACAAGAAGAAGGCUUCAAAGCUGGUGCAAUGGCUGUCCAAAAACUUCUCAACUCACCGUCCGCUCAAACACUGCUGAGCCGGGCGGAUUUCAUUCAGCAAUUCCUUUCGGACCCGCAGAAAAUGGUUACCGACAGUAUUACCAGCCAGCAACAGAAUUUCAUGCGCCAACUUGCUAUGGAAGAGGCGAGGAGGCAACAGAGCCGGAUGUCAGCACCCCCAGUUGGACCGGCGAAACCGGUGACGAACGGAACAGUAUCAAAAAAGGGCACAUUCUGGGAUGCUCUUGAAGCAGAAGAGAAGAGCAGACAUGGCUCGAUUGUGUCCGCCCCAAGCUCCACGACUAACAAAAAGUCAAAAGGGACUUUCUGGCAGGAACUCAAGGCCGCAGAAGAGAAGAAGGGUGGCCCUAGAUUGACAGAAGCGGCCAAGCAAUCGUUAGGUGGCCAGAAGAAGGCCACUUUUUGGGACGAUAUCAAGGCGGAGGAGAACAGUCGGUAUGGCACGGUGGUGACUCUUUCGAGUAAUGCCUCCACCGCCGUUGCGUCGGACAGUUCGAAAUCUACGAGAAGAGCUGCCCCGAAGCUCGGGACGCCCAGAGCAGCUUCGACGGUUGGGAAUCCUCCAAAUAAAGCUCCUUCGGUGGCACGGUCUGUAUCAACGACUUCGAGCCAGCAGACGAGGCCAGCGUCGAGUACAUUACCAAAAGCUCCCAGGGUGCAACCCCCAAAGGGCAGCACUGGCCCAAAAUCUGUUUCCAAGACUGCAUCCGCUACACCGGCUACGAGUACUCCCGCCAACACUAGCUCUGCGAAGCUGAAAUCUGCGGUACCGUCAAAUGCGCCGUCGGCGUCAAAACCGUCGUCUACGAAGACUUCAAAUACGAAGACGAGUGCAUCAAACACGAAGCCUGGCACUGGUCCUUCAGCAAACUUGAAGAGCAAUGGCAUUUCCAAAACUCCAACUGUCACCUCCAACAAGCAAGCAGGCAUACAGACUCCAUCAACGCGUCCCGAUAAGAAAUCCACAACCACUGGCAUAUCAGGGACGAGUCCGAAUUCCACACAGGGUCCUCAGAAAUCAAACACCAAUCUGCAAACAGGAUCAAAGGCCGUGCCACCAAAUCAGGGCACGCUCGCCGGGACGACAAAAGUAGCGCCCUCUACUACGACGAAGACUAUCUCCUCCGGUCCACCAAAACUCAAGUCGUGAGCGUUGCUAAUAUUGGUGGCUCCAGCAACGUUCUUCCAUCUGGGUACGGAAGCGUAAGACAGUCCGAGGAUCAAAACGAUUCCAAAGUCCUUAUCUACGACCUUGAAUAUGCCAGAUGCCGCCCAUGGACCUGAAUUUCAUGGGACAUGGAUCCAAGCUUUGCUGCCUACUGUUUGUUUGAUGGGUCUCGAGGUUGGCCGGUGGCUGUCCAUUCUCGGUCAACUGUACUUUGACGAGCUUGAGACCUUUCGUACUAUGACAUUUGCUUUUCUCUCAAUCGGCCUGGUGUUUGAGCACUUGGAGUUCAUGCCACUCCACCGGGUUGGAGCAUGUAUUUAUAUUACAUUGUACUAGCAUCCUGUCGUCAAUUGCAUACCUUAUCAUUCUACAAGAAUGAUACAAGUUCCGA